AUGGUCUUUCAGUUAUUUAAUACAUUGUAUAAUAUUAUCUAUGUUGUUUUACACAGCAUUUCAAAAAGUUGGGGCUACUUGACCAUUCUGGCACCACGAAACCUCUUGUAUAUGAGAAGUCACUUCCUGUUUGGCUCAAGAUGUUGGAUGACCCGAUUUUCACCAGAAAUACUCUUCAAAUCAGUUUCAUGUAGGUUUUUUGGUGUGAAGUCUGAUAAUGAAGACAGUGAGCCUUUGAAUAGACUACUGAAUAACUUACUUACUAUGGGAGUAGAUGUUGAUAUGGCGAAGAAACGACAGCCCGGGGUUUUUAAUAGGACAGGUAUUAGUGAGCAGGACCUGAAGAUGUUCCUUCUGUCCAAAGGAGCUAGCCAAGAAGUGAUUGCUAGCAUCAUAUCAAGAUAUCCACGAGCCUUAACACGCUCAACUGAAAAUCUUUCAAAACGGUGGGAUUUGUGGAGGACAAUUAUGACAUCCGACCUUGAAAUUCUAGAUAUUUUGGAACGUUCUCCUGAAUCGUUUUUUCGGUCCCCAAACAACGUAAGCCUAGAAAAUAAUAUAAAGUUUCUCUACUCAGUUGGAUUGACCCGGAAGUGCCUUUGUCGAUUGUUGAGCAGUGCCCCACGUACCUUCUCCAAUAGUCUUAAUUUGAAUAAACAGAUGGUUGAAUUUUUGCAGGAAGUAUGUUUGUCCUUAGGUCACAGUCAACCCAUAGAUUUUGUCAGGAAAAUAAUUUUAAAAAACCCUUUCAUCUUAAUUCAGAGCACCAAACGGAUAAGAGCUAACAUUAGGUUUUUACAGUCCACUUUCAACCUGAACAAUGAGGAGAUGCUUGCUCUGAUAUGUGGUCCAGGAGCUGACCUCCUAGACCUUUCCAAUGACUGUGCCAAAAGGAACUACACAAAUAUCAAAGAGAAGCUGUGUUCUCUCGGGUGCACUGAACAGGAGGUUCAGAAGUUUGUCUUGAGUUAUCUGGAUGUGCUCUUCCUGGGAGAGAAAAAGUUUAAUGAAAAAAUAGACUGCCUCAUAGAAGAAAAAAUUAGCAUUUUACAAAUAAUUGAGAAUCCUCGGAUUCUGGAUUCAAGCAUAAGUACUUUAAAAAGUCGAAUCAAAGAAUUGGUAGAUGCUGGCUAUAACUUGAGUAUAUCAAACAUCUCUCUUCUGUCUUGGAGUCAGAAAAGAUACAAAGCUAAGUUGAAAAUGUUAAACAUGCGAUAG